GGACACAUUACUGAGAACUAAUUGUUGGUUACAUAUGAUAUCUUGUCAGAUUACCAGAAUGGUUCAUUUGGUGACAUUGAUUGUGGUCUUGCUAACAUGCAUGCUUUCAUUUAUCUCGUGUGCUACUGGUGUCACAAAAGUCAGUCUUGCAUCCACCACCAUUUUUAACGUGAUGGCAUAUGGCGCUAAAGGAAACGGGAAAACCGACGACUCACCGGCUUUUGCGAAUGCAUGGAAAGCGGCAUGUCAAUCGAAACCAAAUAAAAAGAGUAUAUUAGUGAUACCAGCAGGGAGGACGUUUUUUUUGAAGCCUAUGGAUUUCAAUGGUCCAUGCAACCCCUCCAGUAUCUUUAUCCAGGUGUCAGGAAACAUUGUUGCUCCAACCAAAAAAACCGAUUGGUUUGGCCAUCAUGUUGACACGUGGCUAUCUUUUAAUACCGUGAAUGGUCUUACAGUCAGUGGAAAUGGGAAAAUAGAUGGAAAUGGACGUAUUUGGUGGACAAAUGCCUGCAUUGGUUCUCCACUACCAGGUACAACUUGCCGUGCACCAGUGGCAAUACAGUUUAAAAAAUGCAACAGUUUGCGACUGAAUGGGUUAACACAUGUAAAUAGUCCACGAGUUCAUCUCUUAAUGACCAAAUGCAAUGGUGUUAUUUUUUCUAAUUUAAAAAUCAUCGCCCCUCAAACAAGCCCCAACACUGACGGCAUCAAUAUCGCAAGUUCCACCAAUGUCAACAUACGUGACUCCGUUAUCGGAACAGGAGAUGACUGUAUUGCUAUUAGUGGAGGUUCAUCUAAUAUCAAAAUUAGCGGGAUCAUGUGUGGGCCAGGCCAUGGAAUCAGCAUUGGAUCAUUGGGACAUGGGGGAUUCGAUGUGGUGGAAAAUGUAGAUGUGCGAAACUGUACCAUGAAAAAAACCCUAGCUGGAGUAAGGAUCAAAUCUUAUCAGGGAGGAACUGGUUAUGCAAAGAAGAUCUCAUUUUCAGGCAUUAAGUUUGAUGCAGUUUGGAACCCUAUCAUGAUUGACCAAUACUACUGUCCCACUCAGAAAGAUUGCCUAACCUCAACAACAGCUGUGAAGUUGAGUGACAUAACAUUCAGAGGAAUCGCAGGGACAUCAAACAUGGACAAUGUAAUAAACAUAAGUUGCAGUAAAAGUGUUGCAUGCACAAAUAUUGUGGUGGAUAGUGUGUAUAUCAAGUCAGCAAUUCCAGGAAGAAAGGUUUAUGGGACUUGUAUUAAUGCCCAUGGAAGAGCUAGCCAUGUUAAACCUUCAUUAAAAUGCCUACAACCUUAGACCAACAUUUAUUUGUUAUUCCCCCCUAUUUGUCAAUUGUCAUUUGUAUGCUUACUUUAACCUUUUGUAAUAACAUAUGAGCUCC